AUGUCAAUCAUCCAGCAACACACCGCCGCGUCCCUCACAGACGCAUGGCGCACCGUCAACAUCGACAUCCUGACCGAGGAUUCGAGCGUUAACUUCGACACGUCGACGCUGCACCCGCCGCAGCCCGAGAUUUCCGAGGCCGACGUGCGCAACUUGUCGACGCAGGUGCGGCAGCUGCUGAGGGGGGGCGAUGCCGAGGGAGCGCUGAGGGGCUGCCUGGAGACGCCGGUAUACAACGGGACGGAUGCUGCAAAGGAGGCGCAUCUGCAAACCAUCAUCGAGGUGCUGCAGUCCAUCAAGGCGAGCGACAUGACGCCCCUGCUCAAGGGCAUCUACGCGGCCCCUGGCGGAAGCGAGCUUCUCGACGUGCUGAUGAAGUACAUCUACAAGGGAAUGGGCAGCGGCGCCCCCGCGCUCAAGUCCCCCGCCAAGAUGACGCCGCAGUCCACCGGCUUCACCCAGAUCGGCUCACGGCCCGGCGCGUCCAACGAGCCCGCGUCGGCCGCCAUGAGCGUCCUGCUGAGUUGGCACGAGAAGCUGGUCGAGGUUGCUGGGCUUGGGUGCAUCGGCCGGACGAUGACGGACUGGCGGAGAGUAUAA